UAUUUUUUGAUAAAGCACGCAAUUUAUAUGGACAACCACUUAAGGUUGUUUCGUUUUUUGAUGAGUCGCGCGCUCGAUUUGAUCCAUCGAAUACACACAAUAUCACUGCUUUAGAUGGAACCGAUGGACUUUUGACGCAAUUAAUUGUUACAAAAAUGAAUGCAACACUUGUAUUGGACAAACCGUCCGACGGCGAAGAAAUUGGAGAGUAUAAUGAAACCAGUGGAAAGGCAAGCGGAUGCUUGGCUGAGUUGAGAAGUGGAAAAUAUGAUUUUGGAAUGAAUGUGCGUUUUUAUCGUUUGAAUCAUUUUGAAGGAAAAGUCGAAGCCACGUAUGCAGUUGGACGAGAUGACAUUUGCUUUCUGGUACCACGGAAAGGAAAGGCCCCGGAUCUAUCGAAUAUUUUUCGACCAUUUCUCGGCGAAACAUGGUUAACAAUUGCAUUAACAUUACCAAGCUAUGUGCUUAUAUUUUAUGUGCUUAUCAAUGGCUUCAAGGGACUGCAGUCGUUUCAGUAUUUUAUCUUUCAAUUUUACGCUCAUAUGAUACAGCAAUCGUCCAGCUACGAUCCCAAAAAAUAUAGACAACGCAUUCUAUUCAUCUUCUGGAUAUGGUUUAUGUUCAUCCUCUCCUCAAUGUACCAAGCUAAAAUGUCAGGUUCUUUAAUUGCUCCCAAAGAGCUAGCAAACAUUCAAAACAUUGAAGAAUUGACGAAAAGCAAUUUAAAAAUUUUAUCACUUACGCGCUAUAAUAAACAAAUUAUUGAGUUUUUCGACGAUCCAAAGUAUAAGGGUGUUUACAAGCCACUGUUUAAACGACUCGAGAAUGGAACAAAUCCGAUAUUGAAAGAAAAAAUUCAAACAUUUGAUAGUUCGUAUGCUUUUGCAAAUAAGUAUCAUAUCAAUGUGCACUGGCGUCGAAACUUUACGAAAAAUUCCGAAGUCUAUUUCCAUCAAGUAAAACAGUGUGCAAUUCCUUAUUUGGCCGUACACGGGAUCAAAUAUGGUACACCACUUAAAGGACGCAUCAACUUUAUCAUUCGACAGGCACAAGAAGGUGGAAUCAUCGAAAAAUGGGAACGAAUUAAUACCGUUGGCGAACAAAAGAAUCAAGCCAAACUAGGCGGUGACGAUGCUAAUGUUGCAUUCAGUAUAUCAAAUCUUCAAACGGUAUUUUAUAUGUACUUUAUUGGUAUUGCAAUUGCUAUUUUUGCAUUUAUAUGUGAGACAAUAUCACAAAAUUACAUUUUUUUGCAAAUUAAAAAUCAUACUAGGAAAUCUGUUAAAAAAUGUCACACGAAAAAAACUGUACAUUGAAAAGUAUUCGAUUAGUGAUGAAAGAAUAAUUUUCAUCGUUUUUGACCUUCGAAAACCGUCGUUGCAGUUGACAACUUAUCAAGGUCAAUUCAUCAUAUAGAAAAUUAAGUAGCUGUCAAUUUUGAUGACAUUCAUGUCAUUUUUCCAUUUCCUAAAUAGGGAUUAUUCACUAUAGUUUAAAUAUAGAAAAUGUCACAUUUCAUUUUGUCAAAAUAUAUCACGAGAAGAGAGUACGGCAUGUCAAUCAGUAGGAAAAAUAUUAAAUAUAUGUAUUCUCACCACGAAUCA